GCAGAAGAGAGAAGCGAGAGAGACAAUACGAGAAGAGACUGUCAAUGGAAGAGACAGAGCCCGUUAAUUAGACAUUAUCUGAAAGAGACGAGCUGUAACGUUCACCAAUUGAGGCUGAAAGAGAUGUUGUUAACGAUCGCGAAUGAAGGCCAAAUGUGGAAGAUGAUUUUUUUUCCGGACGUAGUAUAUUUCUUGUCUGCAGUAUCACACAGUGAUCACAGUUCACACCUGCAGUGAAGCCUCUCCCACAACAAUUCACCAAUAAAUACUGGGAAUAUUCCCAUCAUCCUACAAGUGUAGCAGCUGAAAUCUGCGCGACUGUUCAAGAUGGAGUUUAUUAAAGAGGAGAUGGAGUUUAUUAAAGAGGAGAUGGAGGUUAUUAAAGUGGAGAUUGAAGACAUGACUGAUCCAGAACCAUCCAGAAUAAAACAUGAAGAUACUGAGGAACAAAUAGAUCAUAAGGAAAUAAUGGAGCUAAGAGAAGACCUGAAAGAAGUAAAGAAAGACGGGGACAAAACUCAAGGAACAAAAGCCAAAAAGCUGCACUCCUGCUCUCAGUGUGGAAAGAGUUUGCAAAAUGAACAAAACCUUAACGCACACAUGAGAAUUCACACUGGAGAGAAACCGUAUCCAUGCACUCAGUGUGGAAAGAGUUUCACAUCUUCAUCCAUACUCAAAAUUCAUCUGCGCAUUCACUCUGGAGAAAAACCAUUUCACUGUGAUCAGUGUGGAAAAGAUUUUAUUUCGUCAUCACAUCUAAUAACACAUCUCAAAGUUCAUUCAGACGAGAUGCCGUAUGUGUGUUCUCUCUGUGGAAAGAGUUUUUCACGAAUGGACAAUUAUAAAACGCACCAGAAAACACAUAAUGAAAUGAGAGAUCAUGUGUGCUUUGAGUGUGGGAAGAGCUUUUCUACAACUAGUGAACUGAAACACCAUCAACGAGUUCACACUGGAGAGAAGCCUUACCAAUGUACUCAUUGUGAGAAGAGUUUUAAAUGUCCAAAAUCUUUCAAGUAUCAUCUGCACAUUCACUCUGGCGAAAAGCCAUAUAACUGUGAUCAUUGUGGGAAAGAUUUUACUUCACCAUCAUAUCUCAAAAAACAUCUAACUGUUCAUACAGGUGUUAAGCCUCACUUGUGUUCUCUCUGUGGAAAGAGUUUUUCUCGGAUGGACAGUUUUAAAGUGCACCAGAAAACACAUGAUGAAGUGAGAGAUCAUGUGUGUUGUGACUGUGGGAAGAGCUUUAUUACAGAUGGUCAUCUGAAACAGCACCAGAGGAUUCAUACUGGAGAAAGACCUUACAAGUGCUCAUACUGUGACAAGAGUUUCACUCAGUCUGGAAACCUGAAAUAUCAUGAGCGAGUUCACACUGGAGAAAAACCUUAUAAGUGCUCCGUUUGUGACAAGAGUUUCACUCAGUCUGGAAACCUUAAAUUACAUGAGCGAGUUCACACUGGAGAGAAGCCGUACUCCAUGUAAGAAUUCCAAUUUUUAGGAUUCCUCUUUUGAAUACUCGCCUGACAUCAUUCAGUGAAAAUGGUGUUGAUUAAUGUCAGAUCUCUUGUAAAUAUGCCUUUUAUUUUGAGUGAUCUCUUUCUCAUAAAAUUUGAAUUCGUCACUGAGACUUGGUUUAAUGCUGGCGAAAUCACUUGGCCUGUUUUUAAAGACAAGUUUAAGUCUAGAUUUUUACCUAAAAAAAGCUUUGCAUGGGUUACUGGUUUAACCAGUCUCUAUAAAUCCGCUAGAUCUCUGCCCUCUAAUUAUCAUGGUGUUUAAAAUGUAAAGGUGAUCAGGCAUUUUCUGUUGAAGCUCCUAGACUCUGGAAUGACCUUCCUCUAUCUGUUUAAUCUUCUCCUACAUUGGGUGUAUUUCAGAGUGCACUUAACUUAUUUAUUUGUUUUAGAAUUUGAACCUGUAAGCAGUGUAUAUCAUAUGUUUGCAUUGUUUUUAUGACUUUUAUAUUUUAUCUUUUUCUGCACAUCACUUGUGGUGUUGAAAGUGCACUAUAAAUAAAGAGUUGGGAGUCAA